GUCGCUGUUCCUGCGCUGAAAAACUUCACUCGGCCGAAGUUUUCUAUGAGGGAAAAACAACGAGCCCAAAUUACUCUCUCUGACCCGGAGCCUCGGAAUGUGCGGACAUUUGCACUUCAACAUUGCAUCCCGCCGUCGAAAUGUUAAGACAGUUGUUUCGUUUCGUCGACUCCGUGGCUGUUGUGGCGACUAUUUGUGCAGCAGUGUUGUUGGUGAAAAACUGCGUGUGUGUCACCGAGGAGGACGAUGAGGUCCUGGAGAAAAAACAGCUCAUGGAGUUUUACACUCCCCCUCCUCUCCUUUCCUCCACUACUGCUCAUUUCAUCCUCUUCCUCCUUCUCUCCUCUCACCCAUCUCUUUCUAGAAAAGGGUCUGUUCAUCCUGGAGAGUGAGCCGCUGAAACGCUGCAUCACAGUGGAUCGCUCUAACCUGGUGCUGGAGGACUGCGAGCGGCCCACGCGCCGCAUGCUAUGGAAGUGGGUCUCCCGACAUCGCCUCUUCAAUUUGGGCACCAGCAUGUGUCUGGGCCUCAACAUCUCCGACACGACGCAGCCUCUCGGCACGUUCGAGUGUGACACGGCCCUCCCUGUGCUGUGGUGGCGCUGCAGUGGAAACAUGCUGUACGGGGCGUCCCAGUGGAAGGUGGCUGUGGCUGGACGUUUGGUGGUGGUAAAGAAAAACUCUUAUCAUGAGUGGAAAAGAUACAACACGCCCAGAGAGGGGCCCUGCUCGUAUCCAUAUGAAGAUAUCCACACUUUGUUGGGAAAUGCACAUGGCAUGCCCUGCGCUUUUCCCUUUAAAUACAACAACAAAUGGUACUCUGAGUGCACAACUGAGGGGCGUGAGGACCAUCUGCACUGGUGUGCUACCACCACCCGCUAUGAUGAGGCCGAAAGAUGGGGCUUCUGUCCGGUGCAAGAUUCCAGCUGUGAGCAUUUCUGGGAGUCAAACCAGGAGCUGCAGGCAUGUUACCAGUUCAACCUGUACACCAUCCUAACCUGGAGUCAGGCGCUGUCGACCUGCCAGGCUCAAGGUGGAAAUCUGCUUAGCAUCACCAGCCUGGCAGAGCAAAGAUAUAUCAGAGAUCGGCUCGCAAGUGUUGGAGUGAUGGUGUGGAUCGGGCUGAACCACCUGAAGGAUGGGUGGGGUUGGCAGUGGUCUGAUGGAGCACCUCUAUCAUUGGUUAAUUUCACCACAGCUCUGCCUGCCAGCCCGCUACAGGACAACAGACAGUGUGGAGUUUACAACUCAGCCUUUGAGGGUCACUGGCAGAGUCUUUCCUGUGAGUCUGCUCUGCCUUAUAUCUGCAAGAAGACACCUAAUGACACCCGGAGAGCCGAACCACUAGAGGACUGGCAGUAUAUCCAUACAGAGUGUGCUAAUGGAUGGUGGCCUCAUAAUGGUUUCUGCUACCGGUUGCUGUCAGAAACAGAAGCAGGAAGCUGGGAGGAGUCUUCCCGGGCCUGUGGCUCUCAGGGAGCAAACCUCACCAGCCUCCACUCCCUUUCUGAGGUGGAAAUGCUGCUCAACCUCCUGGCUAACUUUUCUGGGGAGAGUAUAGAGGUGUGGAUCGGUCUUUGGAAGCAGGCAUCGUUGCCGACUGUAGAGUGGUCUGAUGGCUCACCAGUAACUCUCACUGUCUGGCACCAGUAUCACCCCCCUCACAACCUGACAGAUGCAGCGCUUUGCGCCAAAGCAGACAGAAAGGAAGGUAACUGGCUUUUAGCAUCAUGUGAUGAGCGACUGCCUGCUGUGUGUAGAAGAGAAAGCCAGAAUCCUGUUCAUCACCGUGGAAGCUGGGAUGAGGGUUGUCCUGAGGGCUGGAAGCGACAUGGCCACUCCUGCUACAUGGCGACUAGCCAUGAACAGAGCUAUGAAGACGCACUGAUGGGAUAUUACUGCAAGGCUCCUCUCCUUACUGUGGAAAACAGGUUUGAGCAGGCAUUCAUUAACAGUUUGCUGAGUGAGAGUGGGGCGAACAGUAGCAUGUAUUACUGGAUUGGCCUCAUGGACCUGGAGAAGAAGGGAGAGUACAGCUGGCUUCCUCACAAUGACUCCUCUCUGCCUCUCACCUUCACAAACUGGAACAAACACCAGCCAGUCAGUGCUGGUGGAUGUGUUGCUAUGUCAGGUGGCCCUGCUGUGGGUCACUGGGAGGUGAAAGACUGCAAGUCCCACAAGGCCUUGUCAGUGUGCAAGCAGAGCAUCAGCAGUUACCACAGUGUCCAGCUGCCAGAGCACCACAUUGAUGCCUAUGCCCCCUGUCCUCCAGGGUGGGAAUCACACUCUGGGCUGCUCCACUGUUAUAAGGUGUUCCAUGAUGAGAAAGUCCUGAUGAAGCGUUCCUGGGUGGAAGCAGACUUCUUCUGCCUGGCCCUCGGGGCUCAGCUGGCCAGCUUCCACCACUAUGAGGAGCAGGUGUUUGUUAAGCAGCUCCUCAGUACCAUGUUUGAAGGAACAGAGGGUCGCUGGUUCUGGGUGGGUUUAAAUAAGAGAGACCCUGAAUAUCCCGGAGCCUGGGAGUGGUCUGAUGGUUCUCCUGUGGUGACGUCCUUCAUAGAGGAUAAGAACGAGGAGGAUGACAGGAGAGAUUGUGCUGUCUACAGUGACCUGACCAACAGUCUCACGCCGCAGCCCUGUGACACCAAACACGAGUGGAUCUGCAAGCUGUCCAGAGGUGAUAAACUGAAAAAACCCUAUUGGUACACAGAGCAGAGCGAGCCCUGGGUGUUUUACCGCGGAGCUGAAUACCUGCUGGCAAAGCAGCCCUUUGACUGGGAUGCUGUCUCUCUAGCCUGCCAGAUGAUGGGAGCCUACCUGCUGUCCAUUCACUCCAGAGAGGAGCUGUACUUCAUCAAGGAGCGCUUGCGGCGGCUCUCCCUGGGCCCGACUGACUGGUGGAUCGGCCUGUCCAUUGGGCAGCCUGGAGAGGAGGUCAGGUGGAGCGACAAGACAGAGGUAGACUUUCAUAAUUGGGCAGAGGGGACUGCCAGUGGUGGCUCAAGGAAAAACAGGUUGUGUGUCACCAUGUCCUCUUCAUCAGGGAAGUGGUUGACGAGUAAAUGCAGCGAUCUCCACGGCUAUGUUUGCAAGAGAAAGACUGUGUCUGUGGUGGAGACUCCCAGGGAGCCACACUACAUCGGAGGAUGUCCAGAGAAAUGGCUGUACUUUGGACACAAGUGUCUCCUGCUUCACCUCCCUGGCAGCCCAAAGGAGGGAAAGAGUUGGAAAGAUGCCCAGUCCAUCUGCUCCGCAUUCGAAGGCUCGCUGGUUGCUAUAGAAGAUGAGAUUGAACAAGCCUACAUCACCAUGUUGCUCCAGGGAAGCUCUGUAGGUGUGUGGAUUGGUCUGCGGGAUGAGGACACCAUGAAAUGGACCAAUGGGAAACCAGUCAGCUACACCAACUGGUCUCCAAUUGAACCAAAGAGCUAUCUCACUGAGGAUGAGUGGCUUAGUGGAUUUGCUGAUGAGCCAUUGUGUACUGUUAUGUCCAACAACCACAACUUCCACCUGACAGGGAAGUGGUACGAUGAGAGGUGCAGCAAUAGUGGGUAUGGCUUUGUUUGUCAAAAACCUCAAGAUACAUCCAAACCCCCCACCCACUCCUAUCACCACCCUCUCCCUGACAAUAUUGAGUACAGGAGCCGCAGCUACAAGGUUAUGUCUGGCAACAUGAGCUGGUACGGCGCGAUGCAUAUGUGCAUAGAGAAUGAUUCUGACCUAGUGAGCGUUACAGAUGCCUACCACCAGGCUUUCCUUACUGUCCUUGUCAAUAGAUUGGCAGUCCCCCACUGGAUUGGACUGUAUAGUCAAGACAGUGGCAUCAAUUAUCAGUGGUCAGAUGGCAGUGACACAGUGUACACACACUGGGACGCAGCCGAUGAUGAUGAAGACUUUGUGACGGGAGAGUGUGUGUACAUGGACGUGAGUGGAGGCUGGCGGAGAGCUGACUGUGAAACUCCGCUACCAGGAGCCCUGUGUCAUAUUCCCCCACCAAGCAGUAAACCAUUUAUCUCAAAUGAGUUUGUGUGUCCCUCCACGUGGGUGAAAUUUGGACACGGCUGUUACAACUUUGAGCCUGUGGUGCAGAAACUGACAUUUGAAGAGUCAAGAGAGCACUGCAGACAGAAAGUGAACACCUCAGAUAUCCUGACCAUUGAGAGUGAGACAGAGAAUCGUUUUGUUCUGGAGCAGUUGUGGUCGUUGGGGUUCCUUCACCAGGUCGUGUGGUUGGGGAUGUACUUCAACAUUGACACUGACUCUAUGGCCUGGGUGGAUGGUUCACUUAUGGACUACACCAACUGGCCCAACAACGCCCCAGACUCCAAGCUGCUGACUGCAGAUGUCUGUGUUACUACCAGGGUGGUUGACGGUGUGUGGCACCUGUCACGGUGCACUGAGAAUCUCGGCUUUGUCUGCAAAACCAUCUUAGAUGUAAUUACUGAGGUCGAAGUGGAACCACUAAAUGGUUUACAUCAUGGUGUCAUCCCCGCUGCAGUGCUGGUGGCUGUACUGAUCUUUGCCCUACUGGCAGGAGCGAUGUGGUUUGCGUACAAGAGGAACGCUUCACGUUUUCGGGGGCUUCCUACUCUUGGCAGCGCUUAUUACAGACAAACCAGCUCACAGGCUACAGAGUCAGAUGGAAGUGUGCUGAUCACAGACCUGGAGGCUCACUCAGGAGAUUAGCAUUCAAUGACUCCUUUUUUUUUUUUUAAGGUCUCUGUUGUUCUCCCAUUCUGUCUGUCUCUCACCAUUUCACCAUCAGGUAUGACUGCCACAUGACACUGCAAAGCUGUGAUGCUGACUCCUCAGGACAGUGGUGAGAUGAUGACGGCAAACAUUUCUGUCUUUGAGAAAGUGUUUGAAGGAUCCCAGUUGCUCUCUACAGCUUUCAUUUAUUCAAAUCAUUUCAAUGAGACAAAUGUUUGUGAAGAUAUUUCUUGUGUUGACAUUGUAGAGCGCUCAUUUGAAUUUUUAGACUAACACAGUUCACAUAAAUGAGAAUGUUGAUGAAGGGAUGCUAGAGAGCUUUAAACUUGUUAAAAGAGGUACUGGACACUUAAUGUUUGUCACAAUCCAGACGUAGGAGGAUUUAAUCAAAUAUAAUUGGUAAAUAAAGUAUUUAGGAAACUCAUUUAAACAAUAAAAGGUUUUACUCAAUAAGAUUCAAACAGGUGAAGGAAAAUCUACUUGUCAGGGUCAAAAGUAACUGUCAUUAUUAUAAAUAAGAGGCAGAUGAAAAGAUGUAAAUUACAGUGAUGUUUGUGAUUUAACUUUGUAUAUUUCAUUCAGAAUCCAGGAGCUGUUGGAGCUGCACAUGUGGUACAGCAAUUUUGUCAGUAUUACUUAUGUAUUUUUAUUUUAUUUUUUAAAGUAUACAUUUUGUAUAUCGAUACCAGAUGUUUUUUGAAUGUUCAAAACUGUAAGGCUAUAGCUGGUGAUUGGAUUUGUUCUCUUGUUCACUUUUGUCUGAUGAUGCAAAGCAAAUUAUUAGAUGUAUUUUGCACAAUUGUGUUUUAAUAAAUUGAAGUUAGGCCUAACAA